CACCCUCUCCGUGAAAGAGCGGGGCGGGAAAUAGCUGUUCUGUUUUCUUUUGCCGUCUCUCUUCCAAACUUUCUCCGACUCUGCGGAUCUCCUUCUCUGUCGGAUUUUGCCGGGAAUCUUCUCUCUCCAACCUCCGCUCGCUCUUUCCGGCGUCCAAAUAUUUGUUGUUCUGCGCCUUCGAUUUUCAUUUCACGUUUCUCUUUAUCGGUAAUCAACUUUCUGAGAUUCGAUGGCUCAAGCAGUUGAAGAAUGGUACAAGCAAAUGCCUAUCAUCACCCGCUCCUAUCUCACAGCCGCUAUAGUAACCACAAUCGGCUGUUCCCUCGAUAUUAUCUAUCCGCAUCAUCUUUACUUGAAUCCUAUCCUCGUUGCUAAGAAGUAUCAGUUCUGGCGCCUCAUUACCAACUUCCUGUUCUUCCGCAAAAUGGAUUUGGAUUUUUUGUUUCACAUGUUUUUUCUUGCCCGAUACUGCAAACUUCUGGAAGAGAACUCUUUUAGGGGAAGAACAGCAGAUUUCAUUUAUAUGCUCUUAUUUGGGGCCACGGUGCUUACUGGAAUUGUUUUGGUUGGGGGAAUGAUACCCUACUUGUCCGAGUCAAUUGCCGAAGUUGUAUUCCUUAGUAACUCACUGACAUUCAUGAUGGUUUACGUAUGGAGCAAGCAAAACCCAUUCAUCCAUAUGAGCUUUUUAGGCCUCUUUACUUUUACGGCAGCUUACCUGCCAUGGGUUCUUUUGGGAUUCUCUGUACUUGUCGGGGCUAGUGCUUGGGUGGAUCUUCUGGGCAUGGUUGCUGGCCACGCUUAUUAUUUUCUUGAAGAUGUGUACCCACGAAUGACAGGCCGACGACCAUUAAAAACCCCAUCCUUCAUCAGGGCAUUAUUUGCUGAGGAAGCAGUUGUAGUGGCGCGACCCGUGGAUUUGAGAUUUGCAGCCCCUGCUGCGGAGGAUAUUCAUCAAGAUUAGUUAGGUAGUGAACUGGAGUUUUCCCAUCUUUUGGACAUUUAUCCACACUCUAGAAAGGAGCAACCCCUGAUGAUAAGGAAUGUCAUUUUCAUCUGUAACAUAGUGCCAAAUGUAUUCGCACUGGAAUUUCUUGAUUCAAAUUGUUACCAUUGAAGAAGAUAAAUAUAACCUAUUCCAUGGCCAAGCUUGUACCCGGUGUGCUCUUACUCGAA